AUGGAUAUCACAUUGAAUUUUAAAGAUUCAUAAGAAGAAUUGAAUUAUGGACUUUAUUCUCAUAAAAUAGACUUUAAUUUAUUUAAAAGGCUUCUCUAUAGCAUGUUAAUAGGAUCUUUUUCAGGCUCUAUCUAUUUUUUAGUCAUUGGAAAUUAUUUAUACAUUAUUUUGGGGAGCUACAUGUUUGUUUAAACAAUAAUUGCAAUUUUACUUUCCAAAAAAUCCAUUAAAUAUCUUAAUAUAGUAGCAUUAGUGUAUCAGAUUGAAAUUUAAACAUUACUUGCUACCCUUAUUACUUUAUUAGACAACUCCUUGCAUCGAGGAACAAUUAUGAUGAUAACUACUUCUGCAUUUCAAAUGUCAGUGUGGUAAAAUUUAUAAAUAAAAUCGAUAGCUUAUCCAUAGGUACGAAAUGCACUUUAAAACUUUUAGUGAGCCUUUAUUCAACCAUAAUUUAAUUAGUACUUAGCCUACUUAUUGAAACUGUAAGUCUUGUUUGGAUUGGAUUCGCAUUCUUCUCCCUUUUAUUUGCUUUUCAAGUGACAUAUUAUUAAGAAUUGGAAAAAAGGUAAAAGUAUACACUACAUCAAAAUGCUCAGAAGAUUAAAGAGAAUUUAAUAAAUCAAAUUGAAAUCCCCAUUGUUAAAUGUUUCAGUAAUGAAAAGGAUAUCAAAUUAAUUUAUUCUGAAGCAAAUAAGUGUGCUUAGAACACACUUAAUAUCAUUGAUUAGAGCAGUUUUAUAAGAUUUACUCGAGAUGUAAUAGUUUCAGAAGGUAAAACUACUUCAAUAUUAACGAAAUAAUCUUCUAUAUUACAAUUUUAAGGGAAGUAGAAUCUUGAACAAUUAAUUCAUAGAUUUUUUAAAAAAUAGGUAGGAGAGGAUUCUAUACUUCAUAAAACAUUUUAAGCUUAUAGAUGUAGAGUUAAACAUUUAACUUAAGAAUAUUUAUGUUAACUUAUAUUGUUGCAUGAAGAUUAACCAUUAUGUGUCAUCUACCUUUAAAAAACAUAUGAUGAUUUGAUUAUCAAAACUAAUGAAAAAAUGAUUCUAUUAAAUUAAUUGUUAAAACGGUGUGUUAAAGAAAACUUUGAGAAGAUUAAUACUUAAUAACAAUGCCUUUAACUUUUAUAUAAAAAUUUAAAGUAAAAUAAUUUAAUUGAAAUGACAAAUAAAUUAGCUUAAGAACUCUUAUAAUUAAAUAUAUAUUUUGCUAAUUGCAAAAUCUUAUUUAAUUCAAACCAUUUUCACUUUUAGACUAAAAUAUCACAAAAUUUAGUUGUCCUAAUUCAAUAAAUAGUAUUUCAUUUUAAACAUUCUUUAGCAUCUAAGUAAUUAUCAGUAACUCUUAAAGCAAAAUAAAAUUUAAUGGUUUUAGAAAAUGAAAUUCUUCUUAGAUAAUUACUUUAUAAUAUUAUUGAAAAUGCUAUAUAAUUUGCCAAAGAUAAAAUAAAAAUUGAAAUUAAUUCACAAUAUGAUAAAAAUGUUCAAUAUCAUAUUAUGGAGAUUAAGUUUCUUAAUUCUAUUGAUUAAAAUCAUCUUAAAUAUAAUAAUGAAAAUAAACAAUUAAGAAUGGGACAUUUGGUUAUAAAUAAAAUUUUAAAAUUAAUCAGCCCCUAUUCCACAUUAUAAAUAUAAUAGGAUGAAAGUGUUUAUAGUGUAAAGUUUUAUUUGUUUCAACAAUUUUGAUUUUUGUUUAAUACAACUUCAUAUAAAAUUUAACAUUUAUUUAAUUUAAAUAAUAACUGAUUCUAUCAUGAUGAAAAGAAAUAGUACAAGUCGAGUACCCAAAGUUGAAAUUUAGACUGAAUUGUUGUCAAUUAAAUUGAUUUAACAUAACCCUAAUAUAAAUUUUGACAAAUAUGAAUGGUGUCAAAAAUUUUCAGAAAUUAUUCAUGCAGAUAAAUUGAAAUCUCAUAUAGCUGUUUCUAAUGAAAAAGUAUCAAUAAUAAAAGGUAAAAAUAUAUAUUCUUGGGGAGUUGUUGACAAAUCAUUCACUUUUAAAUAAGAGAAAUCUGAUGUUUUAGAUACAAUUACAAUAGAUUCAAGAUGCUUCAUUUUAGAUAAAGAUAAAAAAGUUUAUAAACCAAAUGAUAAAUAAAUUCUAUUUUCAAAUAUUAAAGCAAUAAGAAACUUUCAAAAUGCAUUAAUACUACUGACAAGUGAUAAUCAAUUAUUAGAUGAGAGAUAAAAUAAACUCAAAUAAAAUAUAGAAGAUGUUUAAAUUAGUAAUGAAUUUUUAGUAAUUUAAACAAAAAUAAAUAUAACAAUAGCAGGUAAGUUUCCUUUUCAAUAAAAUUUUGAUAUAAAAGCAUUGAAAAUAUCUUGUGGUUUAUAACAUGUUAUGUGUUUAUCAUAAGAUGGUUAAUUAUAUAUUUGGGGAGAGGGGAAAUCUGGAUAAAUAGGAAAUGGUAGUUUAAAGUAAUAAUAGUGGCCUUAACUUGUAAUGACUAAUGUUUAAGAUAUAGCUGCUGGAACUGAAUCUUCAACUUUAUUAAAAGCUAAUAAAAUUUAUUAUUGUGGAACUAAUGAAUUAAUUAAUAAAUAACAUACAUUUAUUCCUUAUUAAUCAGAUUAUAUAUUUAUUAGAAUAUAUUCAUGUUGGAGUUAAAUUAUGGAUGUUUAAUAUGCACAUUAUGUUGAUUUUGAUUAAGAACUAUAUGAUGAAUUGAAUAAAAUAGUAAAACAAAUUGAAGAUGAUGAUUUAUUAUUGCCUGAUGAAAAUCUAACUAGAUAAACAAAAGCAAUGAGCACUCAUGAAUCUCAAAUGAUAAAGAAACCACUUCCUCCAUAAAUAUUUGGUUAGACAACUAAAUAAUCAACAAAUUCAAGUAUAAUAAAAAGUAAAAGUAAGACACCUUAAAAAAAAUUAAAAUUUUAAUUAGAUUGA